UUUAUAGGUUUAUAGGUGUGUACUGUAGGUUCAGUCACAGCUUUUAAGUGAAAACGAAAGCAAUCACUGAACGAUGGCGUCCGCUUCUGAGCCUGAUGAGGAAUAUUUUAAUGAAAGUGAAUCAGAAGCCAGCGGCGAUUCAGACAGUGAGCAGCAGUCUGAUUCAGAGGAUGACUCUCAGCUUUACACAAAGCAACCCUGCAAAUAUUACAACGGUAGAGGCUGUAAGGACGGGGCCAACUGCUCUUACCUGCAUGUCUGCAAGUAUUUCCUAACAGGAAACUGUCGCUACCAGUCAAGCUGUAAGCUAAAUCACAGUGUGGGUGGAAGUAGAUCAAGUGGAGCGAGGAGCAGCGCUGACGACCAGUCGGCAGGAAGCAAUCCCCAGCUUACAGAUGGUCGACCCUACCAGUGGCAGAUAAAUGCUGGAAAGGACUGGAAGGAUGUUGAAAACGAUCACAUAAUUGAGGCCCAAUACUCGCUUCCCCACACUAAAAGCAUCAAAAUAUAUAACACACCAUAUGGGGCAGUUACUAUAGAUUUCAACAGAAUUAGAGUGUAUGGAAAAAACCUGAGAGUAAGGCGACUGGAUGAUGGCAACACUGUGUGGGCCUGGUACUGCGCAUUAAGUGGAAAGUGGAUGAAGUACGGAGAAAAGGACUCGAAAGGCAAUCAAGGUCCAGUUAAGAGUGCCGACAUAGAGAGGAAAUUUCAGAGCAACCCGAAAAGCUCAUUGAGUUUCACUGCUGCUGGAGAAACCUUCGAGAUUAAGUUCCAAGAAAUGAAACAGGUAGGAAAAAAUAAAAAGAGGAAGGUCACACGACGACCCGUGUUCAGACAACAGCAGGCGACGUUAGGAGCUGCUCAGUUAGCCUCACCUCUCCAGAGGCUUUCCUUGGGCUCCAAACCUCAGUGGCAGUUUGAAGGAGACAACGGAGGAUGGCAUGAGUUUAAAAACAGGUCUGGAACUUCGACCGAGUGCUCCUUAACCAGCGAUGAGAUUGAGAGGAAGUACCAGCAGAACCCUACAGACUGCAUCCCCUUCACAGUAAAGAGACACCACUACAAGCUGGACUUAUCAGCGAUGACUCAAAUAAACCAAAAAACCAAGCACACUCGCAAGAUCAGACGAGUGCUGGUGUGAGGACUAAAGAUGGACCCUCAUUUAAGAAGCCAUAAAAUGCAAUUUGGGUCUGCAUGGGUUUUUUUACUGCCAUAUCAUGUCAGCGGUGACUCUACUGCUCAUAAUAGGAAAUUAGAUUAUGUGUUUACAUAAGUUAUGGAAUGAUACAAUGAAAUAUCAGCGAGGUUUAUGUGAAAACAUGAUUGUUACCUGAGAAUAAUGCAUUAAAGUAACCUUUAUAUUUACAGAACAGGUGUUUCAAUUACUGAUCUUUGCUUCACAAAUAGACUUUAUGUUGGAAGGGCCAAAGAAGAAAUAUAUUGGUGCAAUAAUGGGACAUUGAAUGCAAAAAGAAAUAUGUACACAGAGAUUAUCUGCAAUGAAAAUAUGAAUAUUACAGUUAAUAAGUGAUGAUUUAAGGUUAAAAUGCACGAGUUGCUGGAUUUUGCCACAUGCCUUGCAUUCAGUUGUGGAAAGUAACAAAGUACAUUUACUUGAUUGCUGUACUUCAGUACUUUUUUGAGUAUCUUUACUUUAUUUCAGUCAUUUUUGAUCUGCAAGUUACUUGUUACUUUUGGCUUAGCUUAGCUGUGUAAUCCAAAUCAAAAUUUUCUUUUUUUCCUUUUUGAAAUGAAAUGUCAAAAUGGAAGAUAGCAGCCUUUCUGACUAAAUUUGGACACCACUGUUUUAGAUAUUUAGGGCAGAUAUUAUCUGUUGUUCAUACAUUUUAUGAAGGCAUUAGUUGUUGCCAUGUGGCCAAGUUGUUCAGUAGGAUGAGUUCUCAAAUCAGAGCUGCAGUUUCUUUGUGAUAAUAGAUUAAACCUUAAACCUCUAUUCCA